AUGGCUCUCCUCACUCUCGUAGAGGACCGCCCGACGCCCAAGGCGGUUUACAACUGGCGCGUCUACUUUUGUGCAAUCAUCGCGUCCUUCGCCAGUUGCACCAUCGGUUAUGACUCUGCCUUCAUCGGAACCACUCUCGCCCUGCCCUCCUUCAUGGAGGAGUUCCAGUUUGCCUCCUACAGCAAGGACGGUCUGGCUCUGCUCAAGUCCAACAUCGUUUCUGUCUACCAGGCUGGUGCCUUCUUCGGAAGUCUGUUCGCCUACGUCAGCAGUUACUUCCUUGGCCGCAAGAAGAGUCUGAUGCUGUUCACUACGAUUUUCCUCCUCGGUGCCGGUAUGAUGCUCGGCGCCAACCGCGCGCGCGGCCUCGGUCUCAUCCUCGCCGGCAGAGUACUUGCGGGUAUCGGUGUGGGAGGCUGCUCCAACAUGACUCCCAUUUACAUUUCGGAGCUCUCUCCUCCCGCCGUGCGUGGACGUCUCGUCGGUAUCUACGAACUCGGAUGGCAAAUCGGUGGCCUCGUCGGCUUCUGGAUCAACUACGGCGUCGACUCUACCAUGGCUCCCAGUCACAGCCAGUGGCUCAUUCCUUUCGCCGUCCAGCUGAUUCCUGCCGGCCUCUUGCUCAUUGGAGCUCUCUUCAUCCCCGAGUCCCCCCGUUGGCUGUUCUCCAAGUACAAGAGAGAGGAGGCGAUGAAGGCUCUUUGCUGGAUGCGAAACCUGUCCCCUGAAGACAAGUACAUCAUUGAAGAGGUUCAAUACAUUGAUGCCGACCUCGAGCGCUACCGCCAGGAAGUUGGCGCCGGUUUCUGGAAGCCGUUCGCUUCUCUCAAGCAGAGCAAGGUCCAGUGGCGCUUCUUCCUUGGCGGCAUGCUUUUCUUGUGGCAAAACGGCUCUGGCAUCAACGCCAUCAACUACUACAGCCCCACGGUCUUCAAGAGCAUUGGCAUCACCGGUACCAACACCAGCUUCCUCACAACUGGCAUUUUCGGUGUCGUCAAGACGAUUGUGACCUUCGUGUGGCUUCUGUGGCUCAUUGACCACCUCGGUCGUCGCAACCUGCUGAUGAUUGGUGCCAUUGGCGGCUCUUUGUGCAUGUGGUACAUUGGUGGUUACCUCGCUCUCAACCCGGCAUCCGGAAACGGUGGCGGCCUUUCCAGCGGCGGUAUCUCCGCCAUGGUUUUCUUCUACCUCUGGACAGUGUUCUACACGCCCUCGUGGAACGGUACCCCUUGGGUCAUCAACUCUGAGAUGUUCGACCAGAACACUAGGUCCCUUGGUCAAGCUAGCGCAGCCGCCAACAACUGGUUCUGGAACUUCAUCAUCUCUCGCUUCACCCCGCAAAUGUUUAAUGCGUGGGGCUAUGGAGUCUACUUCUUCUUCGCCUCGCUCAUGAUUUGCUCCGCCAUCUUUAUCUUCUUCCUGAUGCCUGAGACUAAGUCCAUUCCUUUGGAGACCAUGGAUCGUCUCUUCACCAUUAAGCCUGUCUGGAGGGCAAACAAGACCAUUAUGGCCGAAUUGGCGGAGGAGCAGGGUUUCAGACAAUACUCCGACGAUGGAUCCGGAGAGAAGUCUGAUGAUGCGGAAAUCAACCAGGUAGAGAGGAAGGGCAGCGUUUAA